AUGGCCGAGCCGCCCGGCGCCCCCCACCGCACCACCGGCUCCACCUUGCUGCACCCGCUGAGCGGGCUGCUGGGCAUCCCGCUGGACCAGAUCAAUUUUGUAGCCUGUCAACUGUUUGCACUUUUGGCUGCGUUUUGGUUUCGUAUUUACUUGGGUCCCAGUCAUGCCAGCUCUGCUGUUCGCCAUGCAUUUGCCACCCUUUUUGGAAUAUACUUUGCUGUCUUCUGCUUUGGGUGGUAUUCCAUUCAUCUUUUUGUCCUGGUGAUGAUGAACUAUGGCAUUAUGAAUAUGGCGAGUAUUCCCAACAUCCACAGGUACUCCUUUGUUGUAGCUAUGGGAUACCUCACGUUGUGCCACAUAAGCCGAAUAUACAUAUUUCAUUAUGGUAUUCUCACUACAGAUUUUUCCGGUCCGCUGAUGAUAAUUACACAGAAGAUCACAACGCUUGCAUGCCAGUUACAUGAUGGAAUAGGGCGACAAGCUGAGGAACUCACUGCCGAGCAAAAUCGGCUUGCUGUAAAGACAAGACCUUCUUUACUGGAGUAUUUAAGCUAUCUCCUCAAUUUUAUGAGCAUCAUAGCUGGGCCUUGCAGCAAUUAUAAGGACUAUAUAGCCUUCAUUGAAGGGAGGCAUGUGCACAUGAAAUUAUUAGAAGUGAACUGGAAGCAGAAGGGUUAUGACAGACUUCCUGAUCCUUCUCCAACUGGAGCAGUGAUGUACAAGCUGUGUAUCACACUAGUAUCUCUCAUUUUAUUCUUGACACUUACCAAGAACUUUCCUAUGGCAUAUAUUAUUGAUAAUGAAUUUCUUGAUAAAACACCCUUCUUGUCAAGACUUGGUUACCUGUAUAUUGUAACACAGGCAGCAAAACCAAAGUAUUACUUUGCAUGGACGUUAGCAGAUGCAGUCAACAAUGCAGCUGGCUAUGGAUUCAGUGGAGUUGACGAGAGGGGCACUUUCCGCUGGGACCUGUUGUCCAAUUUAAAUAUCUGGAAUAUUGAGACUGCGACAAGUUUUAAAAUGUACAUUGAAAACUGGAACAUUCAGACAGCUGCCUGGCUAAAACGUGUCUGCUAUGACAGAGCUCCCUGGUACCCUACGGCUUUAACAUUUAUCCUGUCGGCCCUGUGGCAUGGUAUCUAUCCUGGAUAUUAUUUUACAUUUCUCACUGGAAUCCUUAUCACACUCGCAGCCAGAGCGAUAAGAAACAAUUGCAGACAUCACUUCCUCUCGUCAGUGCCUCUCAAGAUAGCCUAUGACGUUGUUACCUGGGUUGUCACUCAACUGGCCGUGUGCUAUACUGUUGCACCGUUUGUUAUGCUGGCUGUUGAGCCCACGAUUAAGUUUUACAAGUCUAUGUAUUUUCACAUGCACAUUCUAAGCAUCCUGGUGUUGCUCGUGUUACCGAUCAGACCUCAAGACCACUCCAUAAGAAAGCCUCAGAAUCAGGCCAUGCUGAACUCCGUUAAAAGCAAAGACAAAUGAUGCCUCCAAAGAAAAUUGCCAACAUUGGGAAAUUGAACUGUCAUAUUGGAAACAAACAAAGAAAAAGAAAAAUGGGUGGGAUGAGGGUCAAAGUACAAGACAAGUGGCAUUUCUAUUGGUUGUCUUAAAAUCUUACUGGACAGGGCAGAAAAGAGCCUGAAUGACUGUAUUUCGAAUUAUUCCAGUUAACAGGGAUUUUACAGGCAACGUUUACAGGCUCAUGGGGCAUUUUGAUUUUUUUAAUAAAUAUUUUUAUGAAGUGUUUUUAUAUAUUUAAACUUUUUCACACAAAGAGGCAUUUUUUCUCUUUUACAGAAAUAUACAACUAUUAAUCAAUAAAUAAUCUUGUGAUUAGAGGGACAGGAAGCAGCUAGUAAAGAGUUAGACCAGCUGCCUGAUAGCCUGGCGCUGUGGGCAGCUGGCAGGGGAAGCUUUUAAUCUCUUGGCUCUGGAGAGAGAUGGUACAAGUAGAAAACUACGGACAUGGGGUUGCUCAAGGUGCUGGCGCUGACUUCUGCCCCAGCAGGGAGAAGAGGGAGCGGGACUUUCCCUGGCAAUCCCCAGAGCAGGGACUGCAGCCUGAGCUCGGCAGCAAGGGUAUUUCACAUCCUUCAACUGAGACCUGCUGGUAAUGAGGGCAAGACAAGUCCCUUGGGAAUAGAUGUCUGGGAGCACUGGCGACUGGCUAAGCCAGAAUCUAAA